CCCCCCCCCCCCCCCCCCCCCCCCCCCCCCCCCCCCCCCCCCCCCCCCCCCCCCCCCCCCCCCCCCCCCCCCCCCCCCCCCCCCCCCCCCCCCCCCCCCCCCCCCCCCCCCCCCCCCCCCCCCCCCCCCCCCCCCCCCCCCCCCCCCCCCCCCCCCCCCCCCCCCCCCCCCCCCCCCCCCCCCCCCCCCCCCCCCCCCCCCCCCCCCCCCCCCCCCCCCCCCCCCCCCCCCCCCCCCCCCCCCCCCCCCCCCCCCCCCCCCCCCCCCCCCCCCCCCCCCCCCCCCCCCCCCCCCCCCCCCCCCCCCCCCCCCCCCCCCCCCCCCCCCCCCCCCCCCCCCCCCCCCCCCCCCCCCCCCCCCCCCCCCCCCCCCCCCCCCCCCCCCCCCCCCCCCCCCCCCCCCCCCCCCCCCCCCCCCCCCCCCCCCCCCCCCCCCCCCCCCCCCCCCCCCCCCCCCCCCCCCCCCCCCCCCCCCCCCCCCCCCCCCCCCCCCCCCCCCCCCCCCCCCCCCCCCCCCCCCCCCCCCCCCCCCCCCCCCCCCCCCCCCCCCCCCCCCCCCCCCCCCCCCCCCCCCCCCCCCCCCCCCCCCCCCCCCCCCCCCCCCCCCCCCCCCCCCCCCCCCCCCCCCCCCCCCCCCCCCCCCCCCCCCCCCCCCCCCCCCCCCCCCCCCCCCCCCCCCCCCCCCCCCCCCCCCCCCCCCCCCCCCCCCCCCCCCCCCCCCCCCCCCCCCCCCCCCCCCCCCCCCCCCCCCCCCCCCCCCCCCCCCCCCCCCCCCCCCCCCCCCCCCCCCCCCCCCCCCCCCCCCCCCCCCCCCCCCCCCCCCCCCCCCCCCCCCCCCCCCCCCCCCCCCCCCCCCCCCCCCCCCCCCCCCCCCCCCCCCCCCCCCCCCCCCCCCCCCCCCCCCCCCCCCCCCCCCCCCCCCCCCCCCCCCCCCCCCCCCCCCCCCCCCCCCCCCCCCCCCCCCCCCCCCCCCCCCCCCCCCCCCCCCCCCCCCCCCCCCCCCCCCCCCCCCCCCCCCCCCCCCCCCCCCCCCCCCCCCCCCCCCCCCCCCCCCCCCCCCCCCCCCCCCCCCCCCCCCCCCCCCCCC